AUGAACAAGAUCCUCUCAAGCACUCUUUGCUUUGGACUCCUAACUUUGUCAUCUGUGUUGAUCUUUUUACAAUUUGUGCGCAGACGGCCAUAUUUUACCCAAGGAAAUGAAAUACUUUCAGAUAAAAAUUAUCCAAAUCGUGAGGAACUGUUGCUGGCUCUACUGAAUAAAAAUUUUGAUUUCCAAAGACCUUUCAACACUGAUCUAGCAUUGCCUCACAAACUGGAAGAACUUAACCAGCUGGAAAAACUAAAAGAACAGCUAGUGGAGAAGGAUUCUGAGAUGUCUUAUGCUAUAGAUGGUCUAUUCUCUUCUCAUCCUAGCAAAUGA